GUGUUGUUAAGUUCUUGACAUAGGUUCUCAACCCCCACUACUGAACGUACUAGCGUCUGUGAGGACUAGUGAAGUUCCGAUCGGAGGCGACCGCGCGCCAGCUUACUGACUUGCACGCAAUGGUAGCCACAGGGACCGCGGCCUCAACGGCCCACGGAUUCGAUGUUGUAGCCUAUGUAGAGGCGCACUGGCCCGUGGCGCUGGUGGUACUUGUGAUGUUGGUACAGGUACUAAUUAUGGUACGCCGGAAACCUCUGAAGCCAUUCCUCGACCCGAAUGCAUUCAAGCCGUUGCCCCUUGCGGCGAAAAAGUACAUCACACACAACACCGUGCUUAUGCGGUUUACGCUGCCGGGUCCUAGCCAGCGUUUGGGCCUGCCCAUCGGCCAGCACAUCACGUUCCUUGCAAAGGGCGAUGAUGGCAAGGACAUCUACCGGCCCUACACCCCUGUCUCCGACGACGAACAGCUUGGCUGCGUGGAUUUUGUCAUCAAGCUGUACCCGCAAGGGAAGAUGUCGCAGGUGCUUGCCAACAUGCAAGUGGGCGACACCAUGCUCAUGAAGGGCCCUAAGGGCCGCUUCACCUACACCCCCAACAUGGUCAAGCACUUUGGCAUGUUGGCGGGCGGCACCGGCGUGACGCCCAUGUUCCAGGUGCUCAACGCCAUCUUGAAGAACCCCGAGGACCGCACGCGCGUCACCCUGCUGUACGGCAGCCUCACGCAGGAGGACAUCCUGCUGCGCCAGGAGCUGGACCAGCUUGCCGCCAUGUACGGCAACCGCCUCACGCUGCUGCACGUGCUCACCACGCCGCCUGCCUCGGGCGAGUGGCGCGGGGCCAGCGGCUUCAUUACGAAGGAGAUGAUCCAGAAGCACCUGCCGCCGCCGGGCCCGGGUGUCAUGGUGCUCCGCUGCGGCCCCACCCCCAUGUGCGCCGCCAUGAAGACCUACCUGGACGAGCUGGGGUAUGCGGAGGAGGCGCAGUUCCAGUUCUAAGCAGCUGCUGCGCAGGUGGUGCUUCGGAUUGGGAUCGAGACGUGGGACAUUGGGAGGGAACGGCGUUGUAGCUCUCGGUGAUUCUGAUUGCGUUUUGUGUUAAGAAAACUGGCCGCGAGUAAGAACGUACUGCACGUUGUGUGCGUGUUUUUGGGAUGUCGCUUGUGUGUUGUGGGGCCCAGGCAGCUAGGCAGCAGGGGGCCCCUUUUGGGGCAAACAAACAUCAAAUCGAGGGUUACCCUCUUUGGGGGCCUUUUCUGGGAGACGUUUCGCAGGCGUGCCAGGGCCCUCCUUGCUGGCGAGGGUGGUAAGGCUGCUGGUGACGGAUGUGGGGGUUGCAAAGGGGGUGUAAGGUCGCGUGCUGUGUGACAUUCAAACAGCUUUACGGUAUGUGUUUCAGUAAAAGGGCGGCGUGGUGCGCUCUUCUGUUGUCUAAGAUGACCCCCCUCCUCUGCUAUGUAAGUCGUAUUCCUUGGGUGGGUUGCACAGCACUUCAUACAGGGGAACUCCGUUGUUACGGAUACUGACUUGUUCUGUAGUAGCCACCAGGUCUUGGUCUGGUGUCCUGCUGUCAGGUGCCGCUCGUUCCCCAGUGCUUUGCCUGGGGCAAGCCUCAAAUUAAGGUAUAACGUGAGAGGCCUGAGAAGUUGGUUAUGAGGACGGCAUAAUGGUGGGAAAAGGACGGCAGUGGGUUCGUUUGUGGGUCCGGAUGCUGUUAUCGUGUAUCUAAUGGUGCUCUGGUAUGAUGGCAAAAUGUCGCUGCUGCUGUUAUAUGGGACUCUUUUUCCAGUGGGAGAUGAAAUGCUGGGGACUAUCGUAAUGCACAGGGUUUGCUAUUCUCUUGUGUAUUUACCGGUAUUGCCUUGAUCACGUAUCUCCCAACUCUUCAUGCCGUGCUCCAUGCUGUGAGCCGGGUAAGGGAUGCUUUGCUUCCGCUACCUGCCGUGUGGCUCAGAGUGAGGAGCUUGGUUCUCGACCGACUUGGAAGACCCGUGCAGCGUACGAUAUGUGGUACAAGGUGUAACGAGCCCCCAUACCUAGA